AUGGAACAAUAUAGCACUCUCUUAAAAGAAUGUAUGGAUAAGCAAGAUGAAAAGGUGGAGAGAAAACAGCAUGACAAGAGACAGAGCUAGAAACGAGAAAUAAGAAAAUAAAAUGACAUAGAUCGUAUCACAGAAACUUCAAACAGGGGUGGCAAAAAGGAUAGGGAUGCAGGAAACAAAAUAGAUGAAAGACACAGAUGUGAAAUGUGAUGUGAAUUUGCAACAAAGAGAAAACUGAAUUGUGAUUGAAACUGUAAGGGAGGCAAUUGAGAGAGAGGAAGAGUGCGAUUGGAAGAAUGCAGCAUGUCACAAGCCACAUGACAUUGUUAAUGACAUUGAUUUAUAGGGAGCCAAGCAAUGAAAGAGAUUCAUCUAUAAGACUACAGGUGCUAUCACAGGCAUCCGACACAGCUGUGCACAUGUAUGAGAGAGGGAGAGAGGGGAAGAGAGAGAGAGAUACUAGGGGGAGGUUGGGGGAAUGAGGGAGGCAGAGAGAGGGAAUGUUCUCAGAGCCAGUCAAGUGACGAGUGUGAGGGAAGCCAUGCUUGGACGCAGGAGACACACUGCGUGCUGAGAAACAAAGAAACAAUAAGAGAUUUUGAUGAAAGAAGACCCAAGAUAAAAGAAAACAUCUUCAUCAAACCGAAUUUUACAGCCACUGCUCAUCUGUAUCACAUUAUCACAGAAUGCUGUUCCAUCUUCUGUUCUGGACGAGUCUGUUUCUGUUAAUUACAAACGGUGAAAGAGGAUUCUACGGAAAUCAGUACGGCGAGUGGAAUGAUUCGCAACUGCAGCCCACCAUACAGAAGCUGAUGAAAGGCUACAAUCGAUACCUAAGGCCAAACUUUAACGAGGGGCCUGUUGAAAUUGGAAUGAGUUUGGAUAUUGCCAGUAUUGAUGCCAUCUCUGAGAUUAACAUGGACUACACAGCCACUAUUUUCCUAAGACAACGAUGGCGAGAUUCCCGACUGAUAUUCCCUGGAAAUGAAAGUCUGAGUCUGGACGGACGGCUGGUUUCUUUGCUGUGGAUCCCCGAUACGUUCAUCCCUGAUUCUAAGCGUUCCUUCCUCCAUGAUGUCACUGUGGAGAACCGUCUGAUCCGCAUCUUUAGCAAUGGCACUGUGCUCUAUGCUCUCCGCAUAACAGCAACCAUUGCCUGCAACAUGGACCUCACCAAGUAUCCUAUGGAUAGACAAGAGUGUACUUUGCAAUUAGAAAGCUGGGGCUAUAAUUUACAGGAUGUGGUGUUUUACUGGACCCGAGGGAAUGACUCAGUGAAGGGGUUAGAUACACUGCGUCUGGCCCAGUACAGUGUAGAGAGCUACUACACAGUGGUAUCUGAAGCGGUGUAUGAAACAGGUUCUUACCCGAAGCUAGUGCUCUACUUCGCUUUGCGUAGAAAUGUGCUGUUCUUCAUUCUGGAGACAUAUGUGCCCUCAACAUUGCUGGUGGUUCUGUCAUGGGUGUCUUUCUGGAUCAGUCAGUCCUCCGUACCAGCUCGCACCUGCAUCGGGGUGACCACUGUUCUUACCAUGACCACACUAAUGAUGGGUGCCAGGACCUCGCUUCCCAACGCCAACUGCUUCAUUAAGGCUAUCGACGUCUAUCUUGGCAUCUGUUUCACCUUCAUCUUUGGUGCUCUGCUGGAAUAUGCCUGUGCUCAUUUCUGCACCAUGCAACACCAGACCAUUGUAGAUGUGCAAAGGGAACUACUCAAAGAAUUCGAGGAGUCAAAUGGUACGACUCACUUGGUCAAUUCAAUGACACCCAAAAAGAUGAAGACGGAAGGGUCCACUCAGCAGGAGACACCUGAGCAAUCUGUUGCAUGUGAAGGGAAUGAGGCCAUGGACAAGAAGAAAGAGAAGGUGUGCAGUUUGUCCUCUGUAAAGCAAAUGUCUCGCCGAGCAGCAUCCAUGAUGAGUAUCGAGAAUCCAAACAACAUUGACAGACACUCACGAAUACUGUUCCCUAUGGCAUUUCUCCUCGUCAAUAUCUUCUACUGGCUCUACUACCUUUUAUUCUAACGGAUGGAAAACUCUACCUCCCAUCUCCAUAAAUGAACAAAAUAUUACACAUAUGACUGAAAAAGUGAAAAGACUGUUGACUACCCAUCAAUUCCAGUUGAAUAGUGCCCUAUAACACUGAGCUGGACUUUUACAUGGUUCACUGUUGCAUUUCUACACAACAGUGAAAUGGACACACAUAAAUCACAAUAGGGACACAUCUGCAGUAGGA